AUGCAUAGGAGUGAUGCUUCCCAUUUUUAUUGGCUGCUGGUUCAUCGCAGCGAUGGUGAGGAUACCACUACUAGUACACUCUCCGUGACAAGAGAUGAUCCCCACAAAGAUAAACACACUCUACAAGCAUGCUUUCGUCUCUCCCGUCUGACCCAAAACGCCGCUACUUCUACUAAUACUACUACCGGUACCGAGAUGGAAGAACAACCAGAUGCUACUACCAAAAUUGGCACGAGCAUUCUGUACCAGGAUACCCUGCUACGAAUCUGGGAAUUCCGUUUGGCGCCACAAGCGAAAUGUCCCUUUCAUCGUCACGAUCGACCCUACUGUUUCCUCAAUCUUACCGAAAGUUGGACCCAAGAAUUGGAUACCAACGGUCAGCCGGUCAAGGCACCACCCCGUCGACAAGCACACCGUCAAUGCACAUUUGUGUCGAAGGAACACUUGUCGUCUCAUGCGGUCCAGAAUGUAGGAAACGACACCUUUUUGCAGUUUAUUGCGGAGUUUCUGACUAUUUGA